UUACCGACGCUUUGUGAGUUUGAGACAAAAGCAUGCUUUACGGACGCAGUAGUAUUGCUUUAGUUAUUUUCUGUGAAGGUGUCGGUGGCUUUACUUUAAGCUCAAUACGAAAGGCACAGAAGAACUUCAAGCAUUCAAAAUUUCAAGUUUCGCACUUCAAGUGGGGCAGGCCGAGAGCUUGAUGUGAGUGCCGGAGGAGGCCGGGGUGAAUAAUGGUGGCGUCUGUGGGGGUGACUGGAGGACAAAAGCGAGGUAGGAUCUCAAGUGGCACGUGGCUUGGAUCGACUUGGCGUCGGCCGGUUGGGACUCGAAUACUUGAGCUCGAUCCUCUCUGAGACAUCUGCACCUCCCUCCCGGUCAACGCGCCCGUCUGGUGCUUUAUUACUCUUCAUUCACUGCCUUCCAGUAUUUCUACUCUCUCGGCAUAGACAGUCUCGUAUUCAUGCCUAAGGCCGCUAGUGGAUCCUCACGGCCUGCUCUUCGUAGGAACCAGGCAUGUCUUUCUUGUAGAAAGCGAAAGCUUAAAUGCGAUGCUGCGCGGCCACACUGUGGUACAUGCGUCAAACAAUGGCAUGCAGUCAUUAGUGUCCCUCCUCCAGUUGGUUAUGCGCAUCCUACCGAGCCUCAAUGUUCCUAUGAUCCUGUGGAAGGGUUACCCAUCGCACCUGAUGUGGAUCCAGCUGAUAAGAUACGCAUGUUGGAAGAGCAAAUAUCACUACUCAAGAGCCAGCUAAAUGAAUCGAAAAAUUUCAAUUCACGAUCGACAUCCCCUCCACGACACUUCGUGCCUAACCAUGCACGAGUGGGAUCCAUUCUUUCAAAUUCAUCAGGGAAGAGCCCAGCCAAUAGUCCCAACGAUGGCGGCAACGGAAUAAUCCUUCCUCAAGCCUCGCUUGACAUGACAAACAAUCAACGAUAUGCGGUGGAUAGUCCAGAAUCACAAUUCCGAGGCUCGACUGGUAGUCCGGAGUUAAGACAGCCAGGUGGCAAUGGUCUCAUGGACAUGUUGCUUAGUGGGUGGGACCCUGACCUGCCCGAUCACGAUACUCUGGACCAUUAUAUCGAUGUCUUCUUCAGAUGUGAUCCGUGUGGCUCGCGCGUGUUACACCGGCCGUCAUUCUUGGCUUCCAUGCGCUUACAUCCAAAAGACCCAAACUUCCCUCACUCCGCAGUACUUCAUGCCAUAUGCGCUUCUGCCUCGAGAUGGUCAUCGCAUGAUAUUGUUACUUCGCCUGACGGCACUCGCCGUGAUCGUUUCGCCGAAUUUCAUGUAAGCAAGACACGGUCGUAUAUUGACAAAACAAUGGCAACUGGGCAGGAUAUAUUUCCUGUCAUGCAAGCAUGCAUCCUACUCUCCUGGUACUUCUAUCAAGAGGGACGAUGGGUAGAAGUCUGGAUAUUUGCUGGUUUUCAGACUAGGGUCGCGGUACCGCUGCGCUUAAACUACCCUGGAACGUUUUCUUCACAUGGAGCAAAUUCCCCUGGCGCGUAUUUGGCUCCUCCGAGGGAUUUCAAAGAACUGGAGUGUCGUCGAAGAACAUGGUGGAUGACUAUAAUGUUCGACCGCAUUGUGUCGGUCGGUGGAUGGCUCCAUGGCGUCGAUGAGAGAGACAUCGGAACAGAAUUGCCAUUGCGAUGCUAUGAUUUUGAGAACGACACGAACAUUCCUAGCAACCCACAGGACCUGUCUACCAAAGAUCUUUUCACACGACACCCGCCAGCUUACACUGAUUCAUUUUUGCUAUUCUUGAAGUCAGUCAUGUUGUUCGGACGUGUGACUGAUUAUAGUACCCGCAGCAACCUUCGAUCUAACAGCGUCCCGACUAAGCAUCAGAAUCCCUUCCACCUCCCUGGCUUCGAAGAACUCGAUGCAGUAGUCUCGAGUGGAUUCCUCGAAAGUUUCCCUCCCAACUGGAGACAUCUAGGUGUGACUGACGACGGAGGUGCAAUGGAUACUGACUUGUAUAUGGCCCAUAUUGUCCCGCAUGCCGCCACGAUCACGCUGCACAACCCGUUUUUGAAUUUCAACGAUUCCCAGAACGUGUCGACUGCUCGAUGUGUCAAUGCUACACGUUCAAUUCUUGCCGCCUAUUACAGGCUGUCUGAAACUUCACUAGAUAUCACUAGGCUGCAUCCUUUUGUUACGAUUUGCUGGUAUUUGGCGGCCGUCGUCCAAAUUCAAUUGUGCAAAUACUUUAUCGAAAUUGGUGAUACGUCAAGGGAAUCCACGGUCUGGGGAGAGAUCAACGUGCUCAGGUUCGCGAUGUUGAAUUAUGGCACUAAAUCACCGGUUGGAACUCGACAAGAGAAACUGCUUCAAGGGCUCAUGACGGAGAUUGUGCGGAUGACGUCGCAGAUGCAACCACUGGAAGUCGGAGUGCCUCUCUACCCUUUCUCACACGCCACGCUCUUUUCCAAGGACGGAAGUGGCGUUGUUCAACAGGACCCAAUCGAUACUCCACUUCCAGAUGGAAGACGUUUCGAAGAACUGCCAACUUCCCCAACUUCUCUAGGAGGUUUGGCUUCAACACCGCUAAGCAGUCAAAGUAUACCCUCUCCCAUGGUUCAGCAAACUCAUGCUGCUGUGGGGGGUGUUUCGGGAUGGAACACACACAUAUCUCCACCAAACGUUCGACUGCCUCACAAUCCCCUUUAUUCUCACCCUCAUUCGUCUUAUCCACCGCAUUAACUUGGGGCCUUGGACAAUGGACCUUGUUUUCUUUUUGUUCUUCAUUUGAGCGUGCUAUGUUUUGUGUAGAGUAUAUGCUUUUGCUUUGGUCUGGGUAGUCUUCUGUAUCCUACCGCUCUCUUUACGUGUCCACCGUUUCCAAUUCACAUUCUAUUGGUCGUUGGAUUUUUAUGUCGUGUAGUUUUACCAUAGGUUCUUCAAUGCCGCCGCAUUCCAUAUAACGAACAUUACGGACUUUCUGUUAAUACACAGGCAGUUAUUGACACAUUCGACAUAUGAUUUGACCAUGCUAGGCUUUGCUGCGAAUGGUCGCUUCAACUUGCUUGAAUUCAGAAUCAUGUGUCCGAGAUGCCCG